AUGGUAACGAUGACUUCAGAAGUGGACAAAACUCAAACUUCUAAGGCUACCAUGGCUAGUAAACCGAACGCAUCCACUACUUUCACAUCUACUGUCACUAUUGAACAUACUAACGGCAAUGCUAUUACGGAUGACGUUAACACAACAAUAACAAAUGCUACUGUAAAUCAAAGUGCAAUAACAACAACAAUAACUACGACUAAUACCUUAACAACAACAGUAACUGAAACUGAAACCGCAACAACAAUUACUAAUAAUGGCACAAUCGGUACAAAUGCAAACAACACGACAACUAACAGUGCCUGCACGUCCAACACAAAUAGCACCGGCAGCGUAAGUGUUACUGUUCCAACGGGUACAUUAGGAACUGCAAGCUCUGCUACGGCAUCGGGGAGUAGAGCGGGUGGAGUGAGCGGUGUUAGUGGUAUUUAUAGCAUCGAAAGUGAUAGCCAAACAUUAAAAGCACCGAGCCACAGUGCGGGAGGUUCAAAAGCAUUACAUUCAAAUGCGAAGACGACACCAUCAACAGUUCCACCGCCUCCCAAUCAAUAUAAGAAAAGUGAAGACUCACCAAAUGUGUUAGUGUACAAGAAGAUGGAAUCUAUUAUUGAGAAAAUGCAAGCAGAAUCAACUGGUGUAACUGUGCGCACUGUGAAAGCGUUUAUGAGUAAAGUUCCUUCGGUCUUUACAGGGGCUGAUUUAAUUGCUUGGAUUUUGAAGAACUUCGACGUGGAUGAUGUGACGGAAGCAUUACAUUUUGCACAUUUACUUGCAUCGCAUGGUUACAUAUUUCCUAUCGAUGAUCAUCAACUAACUGUCAAAAACGAUGGUACCUUCUAUAGGUAA